AAAUACUCCUCUGAGUCUCUGACCAAGCCCAGCCCUAGGAUGAGUGGUUGGGCUGAUGAACUUUACGCAAUAUUUGAUUCGGAUCUGAGACGGUGGGACCCCGAAUACGAGCCGAGCCAUCACAAUGGUGCCUGAGAGAAGCACAGGGGCCGUUGUCGCUGCACUCUCCUCAAUAGCCAUAAUCACUUACUUCCUCUGCAACAACCAGCGACCAAAGUCUUCCCUGAGAAAGACCCAAAAACGACUUUCACCAAACAAACCCAUAAAAGGUCUAAUCGAUGCCAUUGGCAACACCCCUCUGAUCAGAAUUAACAGCCUCUCUGAAGCCACUGGCUGUGAAAUUUUUGGAAAAGCUGAAUUCUUGAAUCCAGGAGGGAGUGUGAAAGAUAGGGUAGCUGUCAAAAUUAUUGAAGAGGCUCUGGAAUCUGGUGAGCUAGCUCCAGGUGGAGUGGUCACAGAGGGGAGUGCUGGAAGCACUGCUAUCAGUCUCGCAACAGUGGCUCCUGCUUAUGGAUGUAAAUGCCAUGUGGUUAUCCCAGAUGAUGUUGCUAUCGAGAAAUCUCAAAUACUUGAAGCCCUAGGAGCUACUGUUGAAAGGGUUAGGCCCGUGUCAAUUACACACAAAGAUCACUAUGUGAAUGUUGCAAGGAGAAGGGCAUUGGAAGCCAAUGAAAUAGCAUCAAAGUACCGAGAGUCCAACCAAAUGGAUGACAAAGACACAGAACAAACUAAUCGUUACACAUCUGAAGUUGGGAAACAAAGCUUAGUUUUUUCGAGUGAUUGCAAAGGUGGUUUCUUUGCAGAUCAGUUUGAAAACCUUGCAAACUUCCGUUCCCAUUACGAGGGUACUGGGCCUGAGAUUUGGGAUCAGACUGGCGGUAAUUUGCAUGCAUUCAUUGCGGCUGCAGGGACAGGUGGCACUUUGGCUGGUGCUUCUCGGUUUCUGAAGGAGAAGAAUCCAAAUAUCAAGUGCUUUCUUAUUGAUCCUCCUGGUUCUGGUUUGUUCAACAAGGUAAUGAGGGGAGUGAUGUACACCAGGGAGGAGGCAGAAGGACGGAGGCUGAAGAAUCCAUUUGAUACCAUAACUGAAGGAAUCGGAAUUAACAGACUAACCCAGAAUUUUACGAUGGCAAAACUUGAUGGGGCCUUUCGAGGUACAGAUAAGGAAGCUGUUGAAAUGUCUAGGUUUCUUUUGAAGAACGACGGGCUGUUUGUUGGGAGUUCUUCGGCCAUGAACUGUGUUGGAGCUGUUAGAGUGGCACAAUCAAUCGGCCCGGGCCACACAAUUGUAACAAUCCUUUGUGACAGCGGGAUGAGGCAUCUGAGUAAGUUUUGCAAUCCUCAGUAUCUGUCUCAGCAUGGCUUGACACCCUCUGCGACUGGACUAGAGUUCCUUGGUCUUUGAUGAGAUUUGAUCUGUUUGAGGGUUCCAUUGUGUGAAAUCCUAUAUUUUUUAUGGAUUAGUUCAAGCAUUGAUGUACCCCUUACACUCCCCUUAAUAGAUUAGGUUCAUAUAUGAUGCUAAGAUAGGACGACCUGCUUCCUUAGCAGGAUCAUGAGUUUUUAAUUAUUUGUGGUGAUCUGCGUCUCUCACACAUUCAUUUUAUUGGAGCUUAUUAUUAUUAUUAUUUUGGUGUAAAAUGUCAAUUGACGUAUUAUUAUUAUUGUUGUUGUUGUUAUAAUCACAUAUGAAGUGAAGAGCAGCUUUGAAUUUGUUCAUUCAAA